AUGACGUCUGGUGACGCUGAAGAGUUGGCGAACAUGACCGCCACCGCCGCUGCUCCAUUUCCCCCCUUUUACGAAGGGAACAUUAAGAAUUGGUUCCUGCAAAUGGAGGCUAUUUUUAUUGUCAGAAAAAUUACGGACCAAAAAGCAAAGUUUGGCCACGUGGUGGCGGUUUUGUCACCCGCCAUUGUGGAUGAAGUAUCUGAUUUUCUAGAAGCCGUCCCGGAGGUGGAACCGUAUGCCCGAUUAAAGGAGGCUAUCCGAAGAAGAAUGGGCCGUACGGAGGAAACAUUAAUCUGUGAGUUAUUUAGUAACUUGACUUACGAAUGCAGGAUCCCCUCACAACUCCUUCGUUUUAUGAAAAGUCGACUCGGUAAAAACACCAUGGCUGAUACGAUUUUAAAAAGCCUGUGGUUGGAUCGCCUCCCCACCACAAAUGCCCAAAUUUUAGCGCCCAUGUCAGAGAACACUCCACUUGACCAGUUAGCAGACGCCGCUGAUCGUAUUUUCUCCCAACUGGAUCACCAAACGACACCACUACACAGUGCUGAAGCAGCUAGUGACCACAGGUCCUUGGAAAAUGCUGUGGAAGACUUACAGCGGCAAGUUAGAGACUUGACAUUAGCUCUAAAAAGCUGUGGUCGAAGCCAGUUUCCUUCCCGCUGGCGUUUCAGGAGUCGACCACAUUCGUGCAGUCGAAACAAGGAUGUCCCUUCUUCUACUAUGUGUUAUUAUCACUGCAGAUUUGGUUCUGCAGCACAUUACUGCACCAAGCCGUGCACCUAUACUGCGGUCGUGGAAAACAAGACCGCCAGCGAGUGA